UCCACUUCCGGUAUUGGCUCGCGAUUCUGGAAGUGAACCGGACGCUUCCUGCAGAGCUGUUUUAAGGGUCACGAUUAUCUACUGAACGUGAAAAUAUCGUGAUUAAGGUGGAGCCGGUGCCAUGCGGUAUUUUAAAAGAGUACUGGACGCGUAUGUAGUUUUACAGUCCGCGUUUGUGUUGUCGUGUUGUUUAGCCGAGUUGGAGCCCGGGCCUGGUGCCGGGAAUGGAGACCGCUUCAGGAUCGAGGGCCGUGCGAUUGUGUCCGGUGUGAAAGCGCAGGACUGGGUCUCUUCAGCCCGGGUCCUGGUAGAAGGAGGCGAGUAUAUCGGCUUUCUCAGGACUGAUGGGAGUUUUGUUGUGCAUGAUGUUCCAUCUGGGUCCUAUGUAGUUGAAGUCGUAUCUCCAUCAUACAAAUUCGAGCCAGCCCGAGUGGACAUCACUUCGAAAGGGAAAAUGAGAGCCCGCUUGGUGAGCUACAUCAAGACCUCAGAGGUGGUCCGAAACCCAUACCCUCUCCAGAUGAGAGCCAGUGGGCCACAUUCGUACUUCAUGAAGCGAGAGACGUGGGGGUGGACUGAUUUCCUCAUGAAUCCGAUGGUCAUGAUGAUGGUCCUUCCCUUACUCGUCAUCGUUCUGCUCCCGAAGGUGGUCAAUACCAAUGACCCUGAAAUGAGAAAGGAGAUGGAGCAGUCCAUGAACAUGUUGAACCCUAAUCCAGAGUUGCCAGAUGUGUCUGAGUUUAUGACCAAGCUCUUCUCUAAGGGAUCCAGCAAGGCAGGGGGAAGCAACAAAGGCAGCAGGAAUGCAGCACUGAAAAGGAGGUAGUGCUGCGAAUGGAGACCGAGGCGUUUCUUUUCUUUUUCUUUCUUUUUUUUUUUUUAUAAUUUUUUGUAGAAUUGUUGUGUGGCCUGUUUUUCAUUUGUCACAAUAAAACUAACUGUAAUGGAUAAUAAGCUUGAGCUUGAACUGGCAGGGCUGUAUAUUUUUGUUUUUUGUUGUUUUUUUUUUUUUUUUAACAAGCAAAUCAGAUGCUCUCCCACCACGUGACAUUUUAAUCUGUGUAACCACUGAACACCAUUUAGAAAAGCACGAGUAGUUCUCUUCAUGGUUAGUUGGGCCAAGCUCAUCAGAAGCGUAACGUAUGCUUAUAUUGCUGCUGAAGCCGAGAUUUUUAAAUCGGGUCCUCUUCUGAUUUGAGGCUGGUUGAAAUGUCACUUGAACCCCAACCCAGUUUCCACAACUACUUGAAACAGAGCUUUUACUUUGAAAUAGAUGUCAAGUUUGUAUAGGACUGUGAAUAAAGAUAACAAAUGCCUAAAAUUUUAGCAAAGAAAUAUAAACCUAUUUAAACUGAAUGCUAAUAAAUUGUAAUCCACAUUU